UAUGGAUUUAGGAAGAGUAACAUUCUACCAAGAAUACCUUGCACCUAAAGGUACAGCAGUGAAGCCCUAUUACUGGCUAACCAUGGGCCAAAGCUGUACAAAGUGCCCCUAUCACAUACGAACAGGUGAAGAAGCAAGGGUCUCUUACAAAGAAUUCCACGAGGCUUUUGGGUUCCCAUACGGCCCAAUGCGUGACCCAAACAACCACCUGAUCUUUUACGAAUUGAGGCACUUCUCAGGCAAAUUAAUUCAAAAGGGCCAUGCUACCAAUUGCACAGAGUAUAACAUUCAUCCAGAAUCAAUGUUAUUUGAGAUGGGCAGUUACCUCGACUCAGUGGCGUACAACCUCAAGAACAGCGCAUACAUUGUCCUUUAUUCAAACUACUCCCCUUGUAAUGAGGCUGAGCAUGGCUGCAUAAGCAAAAUUUACAAUUUCUUAACCAACUAUCCAAACAUCACACUCUGUAUUUACUUCUCACAGCUGUAUCACACAGAUGAAGAUUUCCCAGUGUCCGCGUGGAACUGGGAGGCUUUGCGGAGCCUGGCCAGUAUGUGGCCUCGGGUGAGCCUCAGUCCAUUGCAUGGAAGCAUUUGGCACAACCUGUUCCCCAAUUUUGUGACAAUCAUGCCUUGGGGGCCAUUUUACCAUCCAAUUUUGCCAGGAAGAGCGUUGGCUGAUAGGCAAAAUGCACGCCGGCUUCAGCCAAUCCCUGGGUUCUCAAAUGCUGAGCCUAAUCUGCAGCAGUACUAUUUUUCCAGUUCACAUUCCCAGCUUCCGCCACACAUGACCACCGGCAGACUUCCCCCGCUGUUGACGCCGCCGCCCCAUUCAACACCUGCCAUUAAUGUUUCUCGCCCUUUCAUAAAACAACCAUUCUAUCCCAAAUUGACCGUAAGGCACUUAAAAAUGCCAGUUGAGAUAUUACAGGAAGCCAAAGGUUUAUAA